AUGAAAAAGGGGAGUUCGGGCGAAAAAAAAGGCGUGUUCCCACUAAAAAAGGAGGACUAUCAGCAAGUAUACAACGAGAUUGCGAAGCUACUGGAGGAGAAGGACGACUAUGACGACGGGAGUUACGGACCGGUGAUUGUACGAUUGGCCUACGACAAGGAAACCAACACCGGCGGCUCAAAUGGCGCCACCAUGCGCUUCGCCCCCGAAGGUGACCACGGCGCAAACGCCGGCUUGAAUGCAGCCCGAGAUUUCCUCGAACCAGUCAAAGCCAAAAACCCCUGGAUAACCUACUCGGACCUUUGGACACUCGCCGGCGUCUGUGCCAUCCAAGAAAUGCAAGGUCCCUCCAUCCCCUGGCGUCCCGGCCGCACCGACCGGGACGUAUCCAUGUGCACGCCCGACGGCCGGCUCCCGGACGGCGCCAAAGAGCAAUCCCACCUCCGCGCCAUCUUCAAUCGCAUGGGAUUCGACGACCGCGAAAUCGUCGCCCUGUCCGGCGCCCACGCCCUCGGCCGCUGCCACACCGACCGCUCCGGCUUCGACGGCCCCUGGUCCUUCUCCCCGACGGUCGUCUCGAACGACUAUUUCCGGCUGCUGCUGGGGGAGAAGUGGGCGUGGAAGAAGUGGGACGGACCGAAGCAGUACGAGGAUGCGGGAAGCAAGUCGCUCAUGAUGCUGCCGACGGACAUGGCGCUCGUCAAGGACGCGAGCUUCAAGAAGCACGUCGAGCGGUACGCCAAGGAUGACGGGGUCUUCUUCAAGGAAUUCCGCGACGUCAUUGUCAAGUUGUUUGAGCUGGGGGUGCCGUUUCAGAGCGCGGAGGAUGAUCGCAUGACGUUGAACGCUUGA